UGGCUGCAGACUUAAACACCCCUGGGACUGCCAGUCAGUUACAGCCAUUCUCAGCUUCAUUCACAGGUUUAUUUCGCUUGCACACAGUGAGAUCCAUUCAGAAAACUUCAUUCAUAAAAAAAAAGAAAGAAGAAGAAGAAGAAGACGAAAGGCGAUGAGAAAAGGCAACGUUCUUUCGGUCACAUUUCAAAGGAAUCGGUCACCCUAAUCUGGAGAUGGGAAAAGAGCGAAGGGAUGGCUCCAGAGGAUGAUGGAAAGAGUUUUUGGGUGAUGUUUCCAUUGACUUGAUGGUUGUUCUGAAGAGCUGGAGCCCUGCUGUGCCAGAAUAUCAUCUCUGCAAGUAUUUGAGGGUCACUAUGCUACUGUGGGGGGUUUUUUGUGGGGUUUUUUUGCAGGCAGAAUCUGAGUUUGGUUCAUAGAACACGUUAACCUGGACUUUUUUUUCCUUCGAGCUGCUUUUGUCGGAUUUUAUUUUAAUUUCAGAGAGGUACUUUUUCCCACCUCAACUGAUCAAGUCAUUGAUAAUCAAUUCGGAACAAGGCUACUUUCUUUUUUAAAAAUAUAUAUAUAUAAAUCUGGCUGUUGUUUUUUCAAGAAAGAGAUUUCUUGUUGUGUCUUCAUCCUUAAAUAUUUUAUUAUUAUUAUUUUUUUAAGGUAGCCGGGUCUUUAACGUUAAUCCUAUGCAGAAUCAUGGCAUUGAGUGCUGACAAACUAAGAAGAAUUUGGAGUUUGCUUGCUUGAAAUUACUGUGCCUGUUCAGAUUAAACAGACGUAGCUUUGGGAAACUGGGCUUCGUAUGUGUUUCACUUUGAUUUAAUUUCAAACAAUUAAAUGACCGGGCAACCUGAAACAGGGUUGAUGAAGAGGAAGAAACAAUCCGGAGAUGUUUUAAGAGCAUCCACAGUGACCAGAAACCCUGUUUUCUUAUUUUUUCUAUUCAAAAUUAUUUUGAUCUGUCUGGUUCCAUAUUUUUUUUGGUCAUUCAUAAGAAGGCAGCUAAGUUAAGGAGUGGGGGGGUGGGGAACCAGGAGAUUGAGUUACAAAACUUUGCAGGCUAUGAGAGAACCCAUCCUCUGCUGCUCGAGUGCACAACUACUGGAUGUAGGAUCCUUAAGAGGACCAGGAAUGCUCCACAGGACUAAAUAUAGCCGUUUCAGAAACGAAUCCCUCACCUCCUUGGAGGAAGACACCUCGUCGAGUGAUCUUCUUCGCCUCAAGGCCUCUUCAGCUUCUCCGUCCACUACGUCUAACACACUCACUGAAGAUGUCCCAGUUGGUACCUCGGACAGCUCCAUUUCUCUGUGCACCUUGGUACCUCGCAUGGCGAACGUGAAGCUGGCCAAUCCUUCCACCUUGCCAACCCUGAAGAACUUCUGCUUACGGACGAAAGAGGUGCCAAGGUUUAAACUCACGGAAUGCGUCACUGUCCAUACCAGCCCGACCGUGCCAGAAAUCGGCUUCAGCAACUCCUUGUCUUCUGCUUAUUCCCUGGGAGACCCAGACAAGGCGUUCCGGUCCAAGGCAAACAUCCAAGAGAACUGUGUUUUGUUAGCUGUGGGAGACUCUGCCUUCCUGCCUAAACCAAGCAAAGAUCUUGGACAAAAGGGUGAAUCCAGCUUGGCGACUGGGAUAUCCUACGCUGCCCGGUAUAUGGGCUGCAUUGAAGUCCUGCAAUCGAUGAGGUCUUUGGAUUUUGGCACUCGGACCCAAGUAACCAGGGAAGCAAUAAGUCGCCUGUGUGAAGCUGUGCCAGGAAUACACGGGAACACAAAAAAACGGAAGCCUCCGGCUAAAUUUCUUUCUCCUGUGCUUGGCAAAAGCAAUCUUCAGUUUUCUGGCACACAUAUAAAACUGACCAUCUCAACAACCAGUCUCACUUUAUUGAACACCGACAGCCAGCAGAUUAUUGCAAACCAUCAUAUGCAGUCCAUUUCAUUUGCCUCUGGAGGGGAUCCAGAUAACACAGAUUAUGUUGCCUAUGUUGCUAAAGAUCCUGUUAAUCAAAGAGCAUGCCAUAUUUUGGAAUGUCCCUCUGGAAUAGCUCAAGAGGUCAUCAAUACCAUCGGACAAGCUUUCGAGCUCCGGUUCAAACAAUACUUGAAAACUCCUCCUGCUUUGAGUGCUUCCAAAGAAAGAGAAGGGGUGAAUCUGGAUGGAUCCACCUGGAACAUUCAAGAGAAGGAAGACUGCGGAUACUAUAAUGAAAUUCCUGGGAAGGAACCCCCCGUAGGUGGGCUGUCCGAUGUCAGGCUGAAGAUAAUACCGGAAGAAAAGAUCAACCGUCCCAUCUCUGCUGAGCAGCAACAAUGUGGAGAUGAUAGUCCCAGUUCUAAGCAGCUUUAUGAAAACUGCCCGGAUGAGCACAGAGCACUAGAUAUCAGCAAACCAACUCAGGCAGCAAACCAAGAUGCCCCGUUGCUGAAAAGUAGCAGCAAAGUUGAUCUUUUUGAUGACCCUCGAUAUAUCAAUACUCAAAACUUACAAGCUGCAUCAGAAGCCUCGGAAACUGUAGAGAAAGGAUCCGGUGACAUGGCAGGCCUCGGAUGCGUCACAGAUGCAAAGACCCCACUCUGGAAUGAAGAAUGUUAUCAUGGGAAGAUAUCCAGGAGACAAGCUGAGAAUCUCUUAAGGAACAACGGAGACUUCCUGGUACGGGAGAGUACAACCUCACCUGGCCAAUACGUCCUGAGUGGGCUGCAAGGAGGACAAGUGAAGCAUCUCUUGUUGGUGGAUCCGGAAGGCAAGGUUAGAACCAAAGAUCAUACAUUCGAUAGCGUGGAUCAUCUUAUCCGCUACCAUAUGGAGAACAAAUUGCCAAUUAUCUCUUCUGGAAGUGAAUUAAGGCUCUGCCAGCCUGUAAGGAAAGGGUUUGGGGCAGAUGCAUUCUAAGGAAUAAUUUUGUUGACUCACAUUCUUUUCGAGACCAUUCUUUUGUCACCGUCUCCUCAACAUCGCUAGUGACUUAUUCUGGACUCAUUUCCUGCGCACAGAAUUCCACAAAGGAGACACCUCUUGAUGAGGUUGCAGAUGAAUUAGUUUGUGUGUUUGUCUAGGUCUCCGUCCAAUGCGUUUGUCUAAUCGGUAUUUCUCAACCUCAACAACUUUAAGUUGGGUGGACUUCAAUUCCCAGAAUUCCUGAGUCAACAUGGCUGACUGGGGAAUGCUGGGAGUUGAAGUCCAAACAUUCUUGGAGCAGCUGAGAUUGAGAAACAUGAAUUUAAUCACACCUCUCAUGUUGCAUCUGACCAGCGACAACUAUUUUACUUUGGCAAAACAUAACCCCUGGAGAGACCAAGAGGCUGGGGAGAAAUCAUGAGCCAGAGGUACUCCACAAAACAUUUUGAAGAGCUCCAAAAAAGAUGUCAAAGCACAAACCAACCUUCCCGAAGCAAAAAUAUGUGCCUUUUAAUGUAAGAGAUUUGGGGGAAAUGACUCAUAUUUUUACCAGAGCUGUGGGGUUUUUUAAAGCUGAUAAAUUAAUUUGAGUCUUUCCUGGGCUGAUUUCAAGGAGCUUGAGAAAGACUGAACUUGAUUUGCAUUUGGAAGAGAGACCACAAGGAAAUCUCAGCACUGUAGCUCGGACUGGGAACUCAAAAAAAAAAACAUUCUGAAAAGGACCACGGAAACCACGUUGCUCUUGCUGCCAAGGAAAUGACAUUUGUGUGUCCGUGACAUCAACAGGCAUCAAAAGCUCAGUUCACAUUGUAAAAUAUACUUUUAUUAAAGACGUUAAUAGAAGAUAAAGACUAAUAGAAAUGAAUAUAAAGUGAGAAAAAGAAGAAAAAUUAAAGAACCAGCCAAAAGUGCAUGAAAGAAAAAGUAAACAGAAUAGAACAGAAAGAAAAAAGUAGCUUCCAAUGUUUGAAGCACCUAUAAGUACAAUUAUAAAUUUACCUCUUGCUCUGUGGUUACGAUAUAACUGUUUUCCCCUCUAUAAUUUAUUCUGUCUAAUCAUCAAAACCAUAAUCAUCAUUUUUGUUUCUGUUUCAUGCAACAAAAAUCUAAGGGAUUUGCAGUCAGCAAUAAACAGAUUAUUUUAUUAUUAAAAAUCCCCACCAAUAUACCUGAUGGAAUACUGAUGCUAACCGCUAAUUGGACCAGUUAUAGGUUGCUGGUUUUUUAAACGAGGCGGCAAUGCUUACUAAGAUUAUAAGUGGAAAUUAGUUACCAUUUUGAAGUGGACGCUAACAAUGUGGUAGAUUUAGACUUCUUAUGUAAUCCUAUCAUAUAAUGCAGUUCUACCAGGAGGCCAAAGGGUUAGUAAAAACUUAAUCUGCAAAAUGUUUGCUUAUUGGCUUGUAGAUAAAGACACUGGAAUUGAACCAGCAAAAAUAAAAAAAACAUAGAUGCAAAUAGUAUGGGGAUUUUGAGAUAAAAGAAAGCAAUCCUACAUCAUAUUUCAGGGUUAAGCGAAUACAUUGUUUUGUUUAGAAGCUAUUUCGCUGUUUUUUUUAUUGCACGCUUUGUAUUUUUCUUCAUUCCGUAUUUUGUGGGUUUGGGAUUCAUUUGUUCCUAUAUUAGUCAAGAAAAGAAUUUUUUUUAAAAAUAAACAUUCAUGCUGCAUUA